AAACAGUAGAAGUGAAAUUGUCAAAUCAAGUUUAAACUCUUAGUUGAAAUGAAUUUGAAGUCAAUUUUCUCAUUUCUUAUCGUCGCGAUAAAUUUUGAUGCCAUAUUCGGUCGAUUAAGUUGCAAUUAUGUCGUAUUGCCUAGUGGAUAUACUUGCAACUUAACCAUCAAUAAUCCAUUUGGCCUCAACAUUUUUGUAAACAUUAACGGCACUCAUGUUUCUGGCUAUACUGAUAGUGAUGUUCUCCGGGUAGUACGAGCUGCUGGAUCAAAUACACCGAACAUCCCAUCAAUAAUAUGUUCAAAGUUUAUGAAUGUGGAACACAUUGAGCUUCAAUCGAUUACAAUAUUUAAUGUUGAUGAUUACUCCUUCGCUGGAUGCACUGCAUUGACUUUUUUGACUCUUGCUGGUAAUUUUGUCAGCACGAUUCAUGAAAAUGCAUUUCAAAGAAAUGUUAAUCUUCAUACUUUAUACUUAUUAAGGAAUCAAUUAACAACAUUGCCUGAAAAUGUUUUCCAACAUCAACAAAAAUUGAACACUUUAUGGUUAGAUUCAAAUGGGUUUGAUGAUUUUCCAUUACAAAUAUUUUGGCCACUAACAGGAUUAGUAAAUUUGGAUAUAGGAUUUAAUCAGUUUCGUACUAUCACACCUGAUUGGUUCAAAUAUCUCCAAAAUUUACGGAGCCUUAACAUUCAAUAUAAUUUAAUUUCUGAUUUUCCAAAAAAUGCAUUCAAUGAGUUGAAAUCUUUAAAUUCUUUUUUGUCAAGUGGUAACAGUUUGACAACGAUUCGUGCAGAUUCCUUUGGAUUUCUACCAAAUUUAGUAUUUGCUGACGUCACUUUUAAUGCAAUAAAUGCCAUUGAUGAGAAUUUUAUUAAUAAUACUGAUAUUAGUCGAAUUGAUAUGCGUGGAAAUUUCUGUGCUAAUAAGGACAUCUUUGAUCCAUCAAUUUCAAGAGAUAUUAUGAGAGCUGAUCUAAGAGAAUGCUUUAAUAACUUCCAGACGACUAUGUCAGGACUAUCUAAGGGUAUUUAAAGGCUAGAAGCUAAAGUAACAUCCUACAACUACAAAGUGAGCAUAAUUUUUUAAAGGGGAAUAAACACAUAAUAAAGUAUUAAAAUUAAACCAUUUCUUAUUUUGAAUAUAUUUUGAAUAUCAAUAAAAUGAUGAAUGAAUUUAGCGAAAAGCAGCAA